AUGGCGCAGAGUGACGUGGCAGCCGUAUGGAAUCCGGCGCUCAGAUCAGACGACAAUGCUACCCCCGUUCCGACUGGCCCGGCAAGUUUGGAGAUCGAUACCUCGAUAGAGGCCACCACCAUCCCUCUCGGCUCGCCUAUGGAGACACCGCAUGAAUAUUCGAUCAGCGACAUCGCUUUCCCGGAUUCCGACACUGCUGCCCCGCCGCAAGAAGCAGCUAGCCCGGAUAUGAUUGACACCCAGUCUUUGCCAAACCCCGAUCAAAUACCAGCUCGCGAUGAAGUGCCCGAAGCUCCCUCGGGCGAUGUUGAGGCGACACCGGAGAUAAGCGACGACCACGAGACCCCUGGUUUGGAUGCACCGCAGACGGAGUAUGCUCAGGACAAUGAUGAUGUGCCUCUGGAUGAUCCAAAGGACGAAGUAACGGAAGCCCAGGCCGCCCAGCCCCAAGCCGAGGAGUCUAUCCCGACCGAGGCUACCGCCGCGCAAGAUAUGGGUGUGGAGGAACAAAGUACUACACCUCACGCCGGCGAACAGGAUGCGACUGAACCCGCACAUACCAAUGGUGAGCCCCAGAGCGGCCAUGACAUUUGGGGAAAUACUGCCAAUGAGGAACCUGCGGAGGAUGAUUUCUUCAACCAGCUGAAAACACAGACGAAGCCCAUCUACGUGCCUCCGGAGAAUAAUGAAUCUCGUUUCGAAGAGGGCAUUCCAUUGCUGGAUGAUAGUGCCGAAUCGCCAGUUGAGCCGACUGCCGUAGAGGAAAGUCAGACCGAUAACAUUUUUGCCGGCGAUGAUGACGAAGAUGAUGGGUUUUUCAAGGCUGUCCAGAGUGCUCCGCCUCCGGACGAAUCUCAACCAGCGUCGCAUAUCACGCGCAAGAGCACCUUCCAAGUCAUGGACUCCCUCGGUGUUUCCUUGGACUCUCCGAUGAGCGAAGCGGAUCCUGCUGCGCAAGAGUUUGAUAAUGCUCUCGCUGCAGCAGCAACGGGUAACAGUAUAAAGGAGUCAUCUGAAGAGGAGCCGGCCGCGCAAGAGCUCGACAAUGUUCUAGCUGCUGCGGCUUCAGACAACAUUGCUGAAAAGCCAUCUCCCGAGGAGGAUCCCGCUGCGCAGGAGCUCGACAAUGUUUCCGCUGCCGCGACAACUAAUAACACCGUUGAGAUAUCAGCAUUUGAAGAGGACCCGGCUGCGCAGGAGUUCGACAACGUUCUCGCUGCUGCGACAACCAACAAUGUUGAGAUAUCAGCAUUUGAAGAGGACCCGGCUGCGCAGGAGUUCGAUAAUGUUCUAGCUGCAGCAGCAACGGAUAAUACCGUCAAAAAGUCAUCUUCUGAAGAGGAUCUGGCUGCGCGCUGGCAGGCCGAGCUUGCUGAAGAAGAGGCGGAGGUUGCUCCCUCCGAAGACGACUUGGCUGCGCGGUGGCAGAUGGAACUCGAUGAUGACGACGACCUACUUCUAGAGGAUGACAUCGGAGGAGCUACGACUGAACAGGCACCGACGAGCCAGGAUACCAAUGGGGCCACUGCCGGCGCUGCUGUCCCAGGAUUGAGUAGUCCUUUCGGGACCCCACAGUCUUCUGUCAGACCCAGUGCAACAGCAACUGCUUAUACGCCGCAUCAGCCGUCCACGUCGGACUUGCUUCAAGGGAUCCCUGUGCCUGGUGCAGCGCCUCCGGCAAACAUGGCCGCCUCUGCGGACUACUUUACGCAACCACCGCGACCAAAUGUCACCGCAAACAAAGCAGAAAGCUUUGCCGAACGGGCAAAGGAAGGCUACAGGUCACCAUAUGAUCUCCCGGAGGAUCUCACACGACCUCGACGGCCUGUGGCUAGUCAUAAGCCAGUUGUUACACAGCCGGGUAGUACUCUACCUCCCCCACGAAGCAAUAGCAUUCCAGUUCCUCCGCCGUCAACUUCCAUGCCGCCACCUUCUUUGGGAGCGCAGCCGGAUGGUGCACAAUCGACCGCCAAGGUAGCCGCUCCGAAGAACUUCUAUGAAGAGCUCCCUCUACCCCCGCCUCGGCCACAGUCUCGGCCAGCUAGCUCGGGACGGUAUACCCCUGGUGCCAACGCAAUGCCACCCGCGCCAUCUCAUCCGCCUCCCCCGCCGGCCAAUCCAUAUGCUAGCCUUUCCACUGCUCCCCCGGCAGCGGCUGAUGCUUAUCCCCAGCCUCAAGUUCAGCAGCCUGAGCGGCUAGAUCCGUAUGCAAGCCUGUCCGCACCCGGUGCUCCAAGCGGCCCAGCUCCUCCUAGUGCUACUUCGAGGUACUCGCCGCAGCCACCUACUCUGCAAGCCGGAAUCAAGCCUCCGUCAUCGCCUAGAUAUUCGCCGGCGCCUCCCCCGGCGACCGCUCCCCCGCCACGCAAUCGCUAUGCUUCUCAACCUUCCGCUCCACCCUCGCAGGGAGUUGCACUUCCAUUCCAGCCUCGCACGUCAAGCCCUCUGGCUUACCAUGAAAAGGUCUCUUAUCGUCCUCAAGAGCAAUCAGAACAACGACGUUUCUCCAUGGAACAGCCAGCUAUCGUUCCUCCUGUCGACUUACAAUCGCACUCGACUGGCCCUGCUGAGUAUUCCCCCAUUCAGCCGCCUGAAGCCGCGCACGUUCCGGAAGCUGUCAACAUCGGUGCCAGCGUGCAUCAAAUGUCGCAGCAGCCGAUGUCGCCUCCUAGGAACCAGUAUGCUCCUCCUGAUUAUGUUGACGAAUUCUCCAAACGCAUUGCCCCUAUUGCCAACGUUCCACCAGCGCCUGUGCUCCCAUCGGAUCCGACCUUCGUUCCUCCGCGUAGGUCGUUAACACAGUCGCCAAGUCAGCAAACGCUUGGGCCGAGGUUGUCCGUGCCAUCUGUGGAUACCCUACAGAGGCCUGCAUCUGUUCAUGGAGCGGGGUCUCCCACCAAGGCUGUGAACCCCUAUGCACCAGCUCCGAUGUCUGCACAUAACCGCGUUGCCUCUCAGUCAUUGGACUUUAUCCCUCCUACCGAUGAUCAACAGUUCGAUCCCCUGGAGCGCUGGAAGGGGGCUCCUAUUGUCAAGUUUGGAUUCGGUGGCUCAGUCCUUUCCUGCUUCCCUAAGCAUAUUCCUCGAUACUCUGCCGGCCAAGCUACUCCGAAGAUCAAGUCUACUCCUGGAGAGGUCAAGACUCAUCAACUCAGUGACUGGAUCCCUGUACCCGAUACUAUUGCGCGUCAUCCGGGGCCGCUGAAAUCCAAGUCCAAGAAGAAGGAUCUGCUUGCUUGGCUUUCUAGCAAGAUCGCUGCAUUUGAAAAUGAGGGCAUCCCCCAGACUGUCUACAUGCAUGCGGACCCACAGAAGAGAAGCGAAGAGAAGCUACUGCUGUGGAAGGUCGUUCGGGUCUUGGUUGAACAUGACGGUGUUCUGGAAGGAUCGCCUGAAAUUCAGAAGUCCCUCCGCCAAAUCAUCUUCCCGCAUUUGCAGGAUGUUGACUCCACACAGCCCUAUGGUAAUGGCUUGCCAUCCUUCAGCACAACCCAGCCGUUGGAUGCUCCUUCUCGUCCCGAUGCCGCCGAUCCUCAAGCGGUCGAGAGCAUUCGCAACAGCCUUCUGGUGGGUGAGCGUGAAAAAGCCGUUUGGGGCGCUGUUGAUCAUCGCCUUUGGGGACAUGCCAUGAUCAUAGCGUCAACAAUGGACAAAUCUGUGUGGAAGCAGGUUGUCCAGGAAUUCGUAAGACGCGAAGUGAGAUCUGCCUCUGGUAACACAGAAUCACUUGCAGCGCUCUACGAGAUUUUUGCCGGCAAUGUCGAAGAGAGCGUUGACGAGCUCGUACCCCCCUCUGCCCGAGCUGGAUUGCAGAUGGUCAGCAAGGUUGAUGGACAAGGAGCAUCUAAGAAUGCGCUGGAUGGCCUCGACAGUUGGAGAGAUACCCUCGGUCUGGUGUUGAGUAACCGCAGUUCAGAAGACUACCAGGCGCUAUUAGCUCUUGGAAGGCUCUUACAGUCGUAUGGCCGGACCGAGGCUGCGCACAUUUGCUUCAUCUUCUCCAGAGCUGCUGUGUUCGGCGGGGUGGAUGACCCGCAGGCAAGCGUCGUCCUCCUUGGCGCUGAUCAUCAGCACCUGUCUCUCGCUGCUCUACAGGAUGAGGACUCUAUUCUUCUGACCGAAGCUUAUGAGUACGCCACCUCUGUUCUUUCGGCUUCUCCUAAGCCGACGCUUCCCCAUCUGCUUGCUUUCAAGUUGGUGUAUGCGUGGUCUUUGGCGGAUCAAGGCCGCAAAUCGGAAGCUCAGCAAUAUUGUGAUGCGAUUGCAGCUACCCUGAAGGCAACCACUAAGCCAUCGCCCUAUCAACAUCAGCACCUGUACUUCGGUGUUGACGAGCUUUCCGCACGUCUCAGACAAACAACAAGCGACGGAGGCUCAUCCUGGAUAUCCAGACCCAGCAUGGAGAAGGUCUCUGGCUCAAUGUGGGCUAAAUUCAACAGUUUUGUUGCCGGCGAGGACAACGAAGCUGGGUCUGCCGGUUCAGCAAAGGCUGGCGAUGGAGACAUCGGCCCCUUUGCCAAGAUCGCAGGUACCCCUACUGUUAGUCGCUCGCCAUCGGUGUCGGAUAUCUACGGGUCGUACUCUGCGCAGCCGAGCUACAGUAGUGGCCCGUCACGUUACCAGCCAAAUAACCAGUAUGCUCCAACUUCUUCGCCUGAACAGUUGCGUGGCAGAUCGUCUCUCGACUCUCAAAGAUCUUCUUCCUAUGGGUUUGGUUUGGCCCAGCGACGCGGCUCGCAGGAACCUUCCACUCCGGUUGAGAGCAACAUGUACCAAGGAGGAAUGCUGUACAACUCCCCGCCGGCUGUUGGUUAUCAGUCGACCCCUCCUCAAACGUCUUACAUGCCUCUUGCACCCGUCAAGGAAGACCUGGCUCCUCAAGCUCAUGCCGAAGCCUCGACUGGUUCUGUAGAACAGUCUUACGGCAGCGGAUCUCCGUAUCAGCCCGCAGGUUAUGGCUCUUUUGACCAGCCAUUCAUGAACCAGGCUCCUUCAGACGGGGGUGGCUAUAUGCCUCCAGGCGUGAGCAGCGGUUAUGAGCCUCCUGCCAUUGAAAGCCACGCAGAACCUGCAGCGGCACCAUCGGAAGAAGUCAACGAAGAAGAGCCGGCGAAGAAGAAGUCCUUUAUGGAUGAUGAUGACGAUGAUGAUAUCGCCGCGCGUGCCGCAGCCAUUCAGAAGGCUGAAAAGGCACGCAAGGAUCGCGAAGCGGAUGAAGCUUUCAGAAAGGCUGCAGAAGCGGAUGCCCAAAAACCUGCACCCGCUAAGAAGUCUUGGUUCGGAGGCUGGUUUGGAGGUGCUGCUGGUGGCAAGAAGGAAGACCUGAACCCCAACAAGCCUAUCCGAGCCAAGCUUGGUGAGGAGAACUCAUUCUACUACGACAAGGAUCUGAAGAAAUGGGUCAACAAGAAGGAUCCCAACAGCGCUACCGCUGCGCGCGCUACCCCGCCGCCGCCGCGUGCUUCAGGACCUCCUAGCAGAACGGCCAGCGGUAGCAGUGCAGCACCACCACCUGCGGCCAGUGCAUCCCCAAUGAUGCCGCCUCCCAGUAGUCGGCCGCCUUCUACUACAGGAAUGCCUCCUCCUCCGGGCAGUCCAGCUCUGUCUUCUCUGGGUGUGCCCCCGCCUUCAAUCCAACGGUCCGUCUCUACUGGUGCCGCAGUUUCCACGCCUCCAAGCGGAUUAGCAGUACCCCCAAGGCCAGCAACUUCCCUUAGCAAUGCCAGCUCCAUCGAUGACCUGCUUGGAGCACCAACGGCUCGCAAGGGCGCAGCCGCCAAAGGAAAGAAGAAGGGGCGCUAUGUCGACGUAAUGGCAAAAUAA